GCCUCUUAUUUUCGCUGGAUGUUUUUGCUUUUUCUUCAUAUCUCAAGCAUUCACGCUUGUAGGGCUGUAGAAACCAGCGAUUAAGCACACUCUCUCUCUCUCUUCUCACUGGACGCGUUUCACUGAAAAUCCUAAGUUUGGGUGUUGGAUCAAGCAUUUGUAACGAGAGAAGAUGGAUCGUGUUAGCAGUUUACCAGACGAGCUUCUUUGUCACAUCUUGUCUUUCCUUACGACAAAGGAGGCUGCUUUGACAUCGAUUCUCGCCAAGCGGUGGCGCAAUAUGCUUGCGUUUGUCCCUUAUAUUGAUAUUGAUGACUCUGUGUUUCUGCAUCCCGAAGAAGGUAAGCGGGAUAGGGCAGAGAUCAUACAGAGCUUCAUGGAUUUUGUGGAUAGAAUAUUGGCAUUGCAUGGUAACUCUCCCGUUAAGAGUUUCUCCCUCAAGUGUCUAACUGAGCUUGAUUCAGAUCGUGUGGAUGGUUGGAUACGCAAUGUAUUGGCACGUGGUGUUUCGGACCUUGAUCUAGCAAUCAUUUUGGAUUCGGAAAGAGAUGAAAAGUAUCGGCUGUCUCCAAAAGGCUUCCAGUGCAGCACACUAGUUAACUUGAAAAUAGACUAUGGAAUGGAUAUUGGUUGGUUGGCUGGGUCCAUUUUCUUAGCGAUGCUUAAAACUCUGGUUCUUGAUACAGUUGGUGUUUGUUCUGCUGAGUUUGAGAUUCUGCUUCAUGCUUUGCCUGUCCUUGAGGAAUUAGUCCUGGUUGAUAUAAUGUGGAAAGAUGUGAAUGUGGUGACCGUGUCAAGUGCCAGCCUCAAGACCAUAACUAUAGAUUCCGACGUUUGUUUAAGCACUUUAUCAUUUGAUACGCCGAGUCUCGUUUACUUUGAGUACAAUGGUUAUAUCGCGUCCGACUAUCCAGUAGUUAAUAUGAAAAACUUAAUUGAUGCUCGAGUCCACUUCGUAUUAACUGAUGGGGACCUCGAGCUAGCUAGAGGUCCAAAUAAUGCUUGGCUAGAGGAUGAUGAGGACGAAGUUGCUCGCGGAUAUAGAAAUGUGUGGAAACUCUUUCAUGGAAUACGAAGUGUUCCGUAUCUUGACUUGUAUCCUGAUACACUCGAGGUGCUUUCUUUAUGCUCUGAAUCAAUGCCAGUGUUCCACAAACUCAAAUCGUUAGCUAUUAAGAGUGACAAGGAUCGAGGAUGGCAAGCAAUGCCAGUUCUUCUAAGGAACUGUCCACAUUUAGAAACUCUUGUCAUUGAGGGUCUCGUGCACCAUGUGACAGAUAAGUGCGGGGAUGCUUGUGACUGCAUUUCUCGGGAAGACAAAGGUCGAUCGCUCACAUCUUGUCCCGUAAAAGUGUUAGAGAUUAGAGGGUUUCUAGGAACCAUGAAAGAGAUGGCAAUGAUAAAGCAUUUCUUGGACUAUUUUCCGUCUUUGAAGGAGAUGGAGAUCUUUGUUGAAGAGGAUGGCCCUACACAGCUCAGAAACCCUGAGGUGUCUAAACAUAUCUUGGAGAUGUUUGAACUCUACAACAAGUUAUCGAGUUGCAAUGUCCAGCUUCUGGUGAGUGAUUCCCUGGAAAAGAAGUGGCUGAAGAACAAAACCAUUUCAUAGUUUUGCCGAAGUCCCCUUGGAAUCUGCCGGCAGUUUAAUUGAAAAUCGUAGUUUCUUCUUCUUUUUUUCCGAAUCAUUUACUAUCAAUAGCUUGUUUUCUUUGAUUCUCUGCCAGGAAUUUGCGUAGAGUGUCAAAGGUUAGCUAUCACAUAAGCCAUCUUAACCUCUUAAAUUUUAAUAG